UCGCCUGCUGGGGGGCGCGCGGGCUAGAGCGGAGACAGGGCCAAGGACCCGGAAUGAGUUUCGGCGCAGUUUCGCUGGGCCGUGCCGGGCAGUGCCGGGUCGUGCCUGGUCAGGACGGACAGGGGUGGGGGCCUGAGUUGGCGGCGCCGGCGACAGGCGCUCGGGGCAGCCCGCGCCUUGCUGAGGUCCCCGCCCCGUCCCGACCGGGCCGGCUUGUCUGUCAGUCACUGGGGCGGAGGCAGCGGCAGUAGCCGUGGUAGCGGGGCCGGAGCGGGCCGGUGAGCAGAGCGCGGGCCAGGCCGAAUGGAGAGGAUCUGCCACAGCCUCCCGACUCCGCGGACUCUUCACCCCUGACUGGCGAAGCUGCACCCUCCCGCCCCGUUGGACGCCUCGGUAGCCCGCGAAGGGCUCUCUCUCCUGCGUGCCCCCCAGCGCGGUGACCUCACAGCGCCGGAGACGAGGGUGUUGUGGGCACAGGCCGUCGACUCUGUGACCCCGCACGGGCCGGGGGCUCGGUCUUCCCCUGCAGUUCUCCCUCCUGAGAGAUUCUUGGACAUAGAACCGUUGAUCUACCGCUAGGACUCCUCCGGCCUGAGUGCUCCUCGCUGACGGCUCCCUUCCCUGGCUCUCCUCCUAGGAGUACCCCCUUGGGUUUCUGGCAAGCCCUCCACCCCAUCCCCCAAAAGAGGUGGGGAGGCCUCGGCAACCAUGCCCGCUCUGGGCGCCCCCUCACCCCACUGUUCCCUGGAUACCCAAGCUGGGGUCUAGCGGGGAGCUGGCAGCCAAGGGGCUGGGACAGAGGACAGAUCGGGGUCCACCUCCCUGUUAGGGAGGGCGCCAAGAUGGAGCGGCGGGAGGAGCAGCCGGGGGCUGCAGGGGUUGGAGCCGCCCCAGCCGUGGACUUCACAGUGGAGAACGUGGAGAAGGCUCUGCAUCAGCUCUACUAUGAUCCCAACAUUGAGAACAAGAACCUGGCCCAGAAGUGGCUGAUGCAGGCCCAGGUCUCCCCACAAGCCUGGCACUUCAGUUGGCAGUUACUGCAGCCUGACAAGGUGCCUGAGAUCCAGUACUUUGGGGCCAGUGCCCUGCACAUCAAGAUCUCUCGCUACUGGAGCGACAUCCCCACUGACCAGUAUGAAAGCCUCAAGGCCCAGCUCUUCACCCAGAUCACCCGCUUUGCCAGUGGCUCCAAGAUCGUGCUGACUCGGCUGUGUGUGGCGCUGGCCUCGCUGGCGCUCAGUAUGAUGCCUGACGCGUGGCCGUGUGCUGUGGCAGAUAUGGUACGGCUCUUUCAGGCCGAGGACUCACCAGUGGAUGGCCAGGGACGCUGCCUGGCCCUGCUGGAGCUGCUGACGGUGCUACCCGAGGAGUUCCAGACCAGCCGCCUGCCCCAGUACCGCAAAGGCCUAGUGCGGGCCAGCCUGGCUGUGGAGUGUGGGGCUGUCUUCCCGUUGCUGCAGCAGCUGCUGCAGCAGCCCAGCUCACCCAGCUGCGUGCGUCAGAAGGUGCUCAAGUGCUUCUCCAGUUGGGUGCAGCUGGAGGUGCCGCUGCAGGACUGCGAGGCCCUCAUCCAGGCCGCCUUCGCUGCCCUGCAGGACUCUGAGCUCUUCGACAGCAGCGUGGAGGCCAUCGUCAAUGCCAUCUCACAGCCUGAUGCCCAGAGGUAUGUGAACACACUCCUGAAACUCAUCCCACUGGUGCUGGGACUCCAGGAACAACUGCGCCAGGCAGUACAGAAUGGGGACAUGGAAACCUCCCAUGGCAUCUGUCGCAUCGCUGUGGCCCUUGGCGAGAACCACUCCCGGGCCUUAUUGGACCAAGUAGAGCACUGGCAGAGCUUCCUGGCACUUGUCAACAUGAUCAUGUUCUGCACUGGCAUCCCUGGCCACUAUCCUGUCAAUGAGACUACCAGCUCCCUGACCCUCACCUUCUGGUACACACUGCAGGAUGACAUUCUGUCCUUUGAGGCAGAGAAGCAGGCUGUGUACCAGCAGGUGUACCGGCCAGUCUACUUCCAGCUAGUGGAUGUGCUGCUGCACAAGGCCCAGUUCCCUUCUGAUGAGGAAUAUGGAUUCUGGUCCUCGGACGAGAAGGAGCAAUUCCGAAUUUACAGGGUGGACAUCUCAGACACACUCAUGUAUGUCUACGAGAUGCUGGGGGCCGAGCUGCUCAGCAACCUCUAUGACAAGCUAGGCCGUUUGCUCACCAGCUCAGAGGAGCCCUACUCCUGGCAGCACACAGAGGCCCUGCUCUAUGGCUUCCAAUCCAUCGCGGAGACCAUCGAUGUCAACUAUUCUGAUGUGGUGCCUGGGCUCAUUGGCCUCAUCCCACGGAUCAGUAUCAGCAACGUGCAGCUGGCAGAUACUGUCAUGUUCACCAUUGGAGCUCUGUCUGAGUGGCUAGCUGACCACCCCGUAAUGAUCAACAGCGUCCUGCCCCUCGUGCUGCAUGCCCUAGGGAAUCCUGAGCUCUCCGUCUCAUCCGUGUCUACCCUCAAGAAGAUCUGCCGAGAGUGCAAGUAUGACCUGCCACCCUAUGCUGCCAACAUUGUGGCUGUUUCCCAGGAUGUGCUGAUGAAACAGAUCCACAAGACAAGCCAGUGCAUGUGGUUGAUGCAGGCCCUGGGCUUCCUGCUGUCAGCCCUGCAGGUGGAAGAGAUCCUUAAGAACCUGCACUCGCUUAUCUCCCCCUAUAUCCAGCAGCUGGAAAAGCUAGCAGAGGAGAUGCCCAAUCCCUCCAACAAGCUGGCCAUUGUCCACAUCUUGGGUCUUCUGUCCAACCUGUUCACCACACUGGAUGUCAGUCACCAUGAGGAUGAACAUGAAGGCUCUGAGCUCCGGAAGCUGCCAGUGCCGCAGGGACCCAACCCUGUGGUGGUGGUACUGCAGCAGGUCUUCCAGCUGAUCCAGAAGGUGCUGAGCAAGUGGUUGAAUGAUGCCCAGGUGGUGGAGGCGGUGUGUGCUAUCUUUGAGAAAUCUGUUAAGACGCUGCUGGACGACUUUGCCCCCAUGGUGCCACAGCUGUGUGAGAUGCUGGGUCGGAUGUACAGCACCAUCCCCCAGGCCUCUGCUCUUGACCUCACUCGACAGCUGGUCCACAUCUUUGCCCAUGAGCCUGCCCACUUUCCCCCAGUUGAGGCCCUCUUCCUGCUCGUCACCUCCGUCACACUCACUCUCUUCCAGCAAGGGCCCAGGGAUCAUCCUGAUAUUGUUGAUUCAUUUAUGCAACUCCUGGCACAGGCUUUGAAGCGGAAGCCAGAUUUGUUCCUGUGUGAACGAUUGGAUGUCAAAGCUGUGUUCCAGUGUGCUGUGCUGGCCCUCAAGUUUCCCGAGGCACCUACCGUCAAGGCCUCCUGUGGCUUCUUUACAGAGCUGCUGCCUCGCUGCGGGGAGGUGGAAUCCGUGGGGAAAGUGGUGCAGGAGGACGGCCGUGUGCUGCUCAUAGCAGUGCUGGAGGCCAUUGGGGGCCAGGCCUCCCGCAGCCUCAUGGACUGCUUUGCCGACAUCCUGUUCGCCCUGAACAAACACUGCUUCAGCCUCCUGAGCAUGUGGAUCAAGGAGGCGCUACAACCGCCUGGCUUUCCCUCGGCUCGGCUCAGCUCCGAACAGAAGGACACCUUCAGCCAGCAGAUCCUUCGUGAGCGAGUCAACAAGAGGCGAGUUAAGGAGAUGGUGAAGGAGUUCACGCUGCUAUGCCGCGGCCUCCAUGGCACGGACUACACAGCUGACUACUGAGGGGUGCCCCUUUCCCAUCCACCUUUUCUCACCUCUCCCUGUGCCCAAAGAGUAAAGCUGGACCCGCACUA